AAUCACCUUGUCCAGCAAAGAUGGACACGUCGACAUUUGUGCUCUUGUUUCUUUUUCUGACACAAUUAUUGCCAGGAAAUGCUUUGAUUUUAGUGAACAAUGCCCCAAGACGUGUAAAUAAAGUUCUGAAGGCUUCUAAUGGCGCGCCAUGGGGCGGCUGGGGUUCGCCCCAGUUUUGUGCGGAAGGAACUUAUGCCAUAGGAUAUGCAAUCAAGGUAGAACCAGGUCAAGGGAGCGGAGACGAUACUGCGUUAAAUUCCAUUCAACUUGACUGUAAAGGUCUUGAUGCGGUACGUUCUGGCGGGAAAAUUACUUCUCGAGAAGGACCGUUUGGUCAUUGGCAUAACGAGGUCACGUGUCCAACUCGAAACGGUGCACCAACAUUUCUGACAGAAUUUGUUCUACAAGUUGAACCUGACCAAAAGAGCGGUGAUGACACAGCGGCCAACUACGUGAAAUUCCUCUGUAGGGAUUUUGCUGCUUUAACUUACCCAAGGGAACUGGCAAUUCCACCAGGGCAUGGAUUAUAUGGUCGUAUGGGAAGUUGGAGCGGUAGUUGUCCCGCCAAUUCCGCCAUCUGUGGGUUGAGGACUGCAGUUGAAGGGGAUCAAGGAAGUGGAGACGAUACUGCUCUCAACAACGUCACGUUUUAUUGUUGCGAAGAAAACCCUGAAGCCGGAAAAUAA